GCCACAACGGCCCACAAGGCACUUGACAAGCGGUUUCACACCCCAAGAAAAUCUUGGGGUGUCUGCACGAACUGUUCAUUGCAAGUUCACCCGACCAUAUACGAAGUAUGGGAGGGCGUGGCCAGACUAUGCUAGGCUGGCUCAAUGGAGGAAGACUUGAGGAGGCUGUCUCCGUCGCUGGAGCUGCGCACAGUGGCCGAGAUGGGUCGAGGAGUGUUUACUAAAGUGCCUAUAUCUGCUGGGGACACUAUAUUCAGUGCACUACCUAUAGCACAUUGCAGUUUAGAGGAAACUAGAGGCUCUGUCUGUGAGCACUGUUUCAACAGAUCAGAGUCACUCAAGAAGUGCACCGAAUGCGAGUCUGUUCAGUAUUGCAACUCUGACUGCCAGAAAUUGGAUUUGCCGCUGCACGAGGCGGAGUGUGACAGUGUGAAAGGUGUGGAGGCUACAUCACUCGUAAGACUAGCUCUCCGAGCACUGACUAGGAACACUAAGCACCUCUACUCACUUCCUGAUGGCUGGUUCACUAUCAAAGAGGCUAACAAAGAUCAAGAGGCUAGCAAAGACCAUGAGGCUAUACGGGAAUCGAUAGCUGACACUGCUCAGCUCUGUGACUAUCCUAAGGAUCUCAUCCGUAAGCUCUUCCUGAAGUUGAUCUGUAAUGAAUUCUCAAUAAAGAUGGUUGCAGACAACAUCUCUCCAGUAGGCAGGGCCUUGUACUCUGCCCCCUCUCUGCUCAACCAUUCCUGUCGUCCCAACACUGUUCAACUGUUUAAUGGACGAUACCUAAUCCUCAAGGCUAAAAGGGAUAUAGGUCCUGAUGAGCAACUGUUUAUUACCUACACUGAUACACUGCAAUUGCUGAGUGAGCGUCAACAUUAUCUACAGAGUAGAUACAACUUCACCUGUGCCUGUGAGAGAUGCUUAGAGGACAUCAGCAAAUCCCCCGGAUGUUCUGAACAAUUGCUCUUAAUGGCUGCCAAUGGAGAGGAAGUCUCCUCCUCGUUAAGACAGAAAAUGGAAAAAGAGCUGACAGAGUUGAAGGAGUUAACUAAACUUGAAGAGUGGCAGGAGAUGUAUGACAAAGGCAGAGCUCUAUACACAAGCCAUUUGACACAACUAUCCCCUGAUAAUAUUUUUAGUCAGCGUCUUAUGGAGCAUCUGUUCAUUGCCAGUGAUGAGUUGAGUCUCUGGGAGGAGGCGAUCAAGUACAUCACCCAACUAUUAGGACCAUCUCUCCGUCACUAUGGACUCCUUGAUCCUGGGAGUGUAUACUGGCUAAUGCUAACUGGGAAAUUUAGACAUAAUGUAAAAACUACUGAACAACUGACCCUGUCACUAGACGACCUCACCAAGGCUAAGACAGCAGCUGAGAGACUGUAUGGAGCUGACCACCCCAUCACUCGGGAGGCAGCCAUGAUGCUGUUCUACACUCGACGUGAACUAGCUCGCAGACUACAUGUAUGAUUAUAAUAAUGAUUAUUUACUACAUUGUAAUUUUUGCUGCAGUUAAAAAAGUACAGUUAAUAAAAUGUUCAUAACAGUAUUGUGUAAUGUAAA